CUCUCUCACUCUCUCCUGCUGUCUGUCUGCAUGUAUGGCUUACAUCCGCUGCAGCAAGUGAGCACAUGUCCAGAGCAAACAUAGCGGGACUCGCCAAGUGACUUCAAGCGGGGAGUAAAUAUUUUGCAGAAACUUCGGCUGAAGGUGAAACUUUCAAUUUUCAAGAAGCUGGAUUACUUCUUAGAAAUUUGACUGUUUUUUUUGUUUGUUUGUUUUUUUAAGGAUUGCUUUGUAAACAGAAAACUUACUUUUGAGAAAUUACCAUGUGAUGGACUGAAAGAUUUUGAAAACCUCAUCUCCUUUGAGAAUUUGUGCUGCAAUCCUGGAAACUUUGGGUUCUGCAGAUCACCUCAUCAUCAGAAGAACACACUGCACCUGGAUCAGCUUGAACUUAAACACACAUCACAAGGGAAAGCUUGCCAUACAAGCGCGAUGUGUGGGUUUAUCAUUUAAUCUGUGCAAUCCUGGGCAACUCUGGCCAACUUGCAGGCAGGUGUGAUGCUGGGUCAGAGUGUUUGAUAAAGACACAUUCGCACUUCUACACACACUGACACAAACACAAACACAUAUGGCUGCCUGAAACCUACAGAGGCCAGGACAUCAGAUGAGGACAUCCAACACUCUAACCUUACAGACAUUUAAAAUUUGAGUUUCAAACCUGUGCUUGACAGGAUGCUGGUUGACAUGUAACAUGUGCACUGGCUUAUACUGAAAGAUCACAUACAAGCUGCUUUGAAUAACAGCAUUAUUGGGGCAAGAGCCACACUAUCCUGAACUGACAGCAUCUUUACGCCAUGACUCUACAAACCUGUAAUUUGGUCCCGCAGCGCAUCCUGCAGCACACUUUCUUCCCUCACCUACUUCUGUCAGUGCUGCCGUUGCUGCUCCAGGCCUGGUGGGGGAGCUGUCACCCCCAGUGCUUGGACUACAAGCCUCCGUUUGAGCCUCGGCAGCCAUUGGUCUUUUGCAAGGAGUACUCCAAGUUUGGAUGCUGUGAUCUGGAGAAAGAUGAGGAAGUAUCAGCCAAGUUUUACACCAUCAUGGAGAACUUUGACCAUUCAGGGUUUGCCACCUGUGGCAAGUACAUCCGCACCAUCCUCUGCCAGGAGUGCUCUCCAUAUGCUGCCCACCUGUAUGAUGCUGAAGAUGCCAACACACCUAUGCGGAUACUGCCUGGUCUGUGCCGUGAUUACUGCUCUAACUACUGGCAUCAGUGUCGGUACACACUCAGUCUCCUCUUGGAGAACACGGGGAGCCCGCAGCAGUUCGCAAACCUGACGGCAGCAAUAGAAGAUGAUCGCAGAAGGUUCUGUGACUAUCUGGAGCUGAAGGACAUACAGUACUGCUAUCCUAAUGUACUGACUAAUGCGGAACUAAAUGCUAACCUCGGCUUGGUGCGUGAAGAUCCGAAAGGUUGUCUGGAGUUGUGUUUACAGGAGGUUGCCAACGGGCUCCGUAACCCUGUGGCCAUGAUCCACGCAGAUGAUGGAACUCAUCGCUUCUUUGUGGCAGAGCAGCUGGGUUAUGUGUGGGUAUAUUUGGCCAACGGCUCCAGGAUCGACCGACCUUUCCUCAACCUCACCCGGGCUGUCCUCACGUCACCGUGGGCUGGAGACGAGAGGGGAUUCCUCUGCAUAGCCCUGCACCCAAGGUUCACAACAGUCAGAAAAGCAUAUGUGUACUACUCUGUGUCGGUCAAGAAGGAGGAGAGGAUACGUAUCAGCGAGUUCACACUGUCAACACAUGAUGACAACCAACUAGACCACUCCUCUGAGAGAACCAUCCUUGAGGUGGUAGAGCCGGCUUCUAACCAUAAUGGAGGACAGCUUCUGUUUGGCCAUGAUGGCUAUCUGUACAUCUUCAUCGGUGACGGUGGGCGAGCUGGGGACCCCUUUGGAAAGUUUGGCAACUCACAGAACAAGUCAACGCUUCUCGGCAAGGCACUGCGCGUUGAUGUCGACAACAAUGACGACGGAGCCCCGUACAGCAUUCCAUCAGACAACCCGUUCCUGGGGGAAAAGGAAGCACGACCUGAGAUUUAUGCCUAUGGAGUGCGCAACAUGUGGCGCUGCUCCAUUGACCGCGGUGACCGUGCUACAGGCCACGGCAGAGGCCGGAUGCUUUGUGGUGAUGUGGGCCAGAACAAAUAUGAAGAGGUGGACCUCAUUGUUAAAGGAGGCAACUAUGGAUGGAGGGCCAAAGAAGGAUUCAGCUGCUACGAUCGCAAACUCUGCCAAAACUCAUCUCUAGAUGACAUCUUGCCUAUCUUUGCCUACCCUCACAAGUUGGGCAAAUCAGUGACAGGAGGAUACAUCUACAGAGGCUGUCAGAUGCCCAACCUCAACGGAAUCUACAUCUUUGGGGAUUUCAUGAGUGGGCGUCUGAUGUCUUUAAAGGAGAAUGUCAGCACAGGUGAAUGGCAGUACAAUGAGAUCUGUAUGGGAACAGACCAGACCUGCAGAUUCCCCAAACUCAUCAACAGUUAUUAUAAAUACAUCAUCUCGUUUGCCGAGGAUGAGGCAGGUGAACUGUAUUUCUUAGCCACAGGAGCCCCGAGUGCCACAGCCAGAGCAGGAGUCAUCUAUAAGAUAGUGGACCCUUCCAGACGAGCUCCACCAGGAAAAUGCAGCAUCAAGCCUUCACAUGUUCAGAUAAAGGGAAAACUGAUUCACUUUUACCCCAAAGAAGAGUUUGUAAUCAACAAGAAACCGACCACGACUCCUGUUCCCACGACAACCACAAGAAAAACAACAACAACAACUAAAAAAUCACCAAGAAAGCCUAUAAUAAUAAUCAAACCACCAAUGCCAACAAGAAAGACAGUAAGAAAAACACAGCUAGCACCACCAACAGCAGCAACAACAACAACAACAACAACAAGAAAAACAACAACAACAACAAAGCCAACAUUACCACCAAAAACAGUGACAACAAGAGAAGCAACAUUGCAGACAACAAGAAAAUCAACGAGAAAGACAACAUUACCACCGACAACAUCAACUGUAAAAGCAACAACAGUAAAAACAACCACAACCACAACAAUAAAACCAACAACCUUACGCACAACUGUCCAGAUGGCCAUGGCAACAACUCCCGCCACAACCACGCCCUCUGGUUAUCGCACAACCAUCAUGACUGCAGUCUCCUCUAGGAUUGCUCAAACCCCAAUCAUCACCACGCGUCCAACAAGGAGACAUGGGAGACCACAUCAGUAUCCCCCUAGUACCACCUCCCACCCUUUAACCUCACCUCAGCUUCCUCCUUCUCCAUCCACAAGAACAUCUCUGAAACGAGCCCAGAUGGCUCUGACCUCUACACGUUACCCUGAGCGUCCUGGGGCGUUGACCACACCACGUCCACCAUACUGGAGCCAGAAACCCACUGUAUCUUCCUACAAGCCCCAGAGACCAACAACCAACACCAUGCUGCCUAAAGCACAGGAAGAGAAGCUGUGGCUUGGGGAGAAGCUGGAAACUGCUGGGGAGGGAAAUCAAAUAUAUAAGAGGCCCAGAGGAAGAGGUAGAGGUCGCGGCUUCCAAAGAGGAAGAGGAGGGAGAAGGCUGAGGGUUGGCUCGGUGCGACUGGUGAGCACUGAUGGUUUAUCAGAUCGAGGCAGAGUGGAGAUCUUUAUCCGAGGAGAGUGGGGGACAGUUUGUGAUGACCUUUUCACCAGCAAGGCGGGCACUGUGGUGUGUCGUCAGCUCGGCUUCACGACGGCUCUGGCGGUGAUGAAGCGGGCUGCGCUGGGGGAGGCAGACAGCAGAGUCAGGAUCUUUCUGGAUGACGUUGAGUGUGAGGGCGGUGAGAGGUCGCUGCUGGGGUGCAAGAGAUCCAGGGUUGGGAAACACAACUGCUCUCAUAGGGAAGAUGUCGGGGUGAUUUGCGGUUAGCACAGGGGGGUGAAGAAGUAGGAAAGCAUAGGAGGAGACAGGAGUGAUGUAUGGUUCUGUCACACACAGGAAGUGACGAAGAAGAAGAGAGUACUUGAAGAAGGUAUAAAAGAUUAUAACAGACUGCACAUUUUUAAGCAUGAAUGUUCAAGUCAGUUUGCCAAAAUCUCCAUGAAUCGUUUUUUCUGUUUGCCUGUUUUGCAAAUUAAUGAUCAAUUUUUUAAUUCCCACCCUCUGCUAACAGCUCGGUUGUCCAUCUGCAUUACUUCACUGUUCUUACUAUGCACUUGUAACAAAGAAGAGAGGAGCGUGAAGGAGGUGCAUGUCUCUACUCGGGGCCUUUCGUUGGCUUUGUCGGAUCCUAUUCAAAGACAGUUUCUCCAAAACUCACUCGGUCCACUGUUGUGUAAAAACUAACCAAGCACAUACAGUAACACAGAUGAUUUUAGUGAAUAGUGACAGUAACCAGCCAAGGGAAUCUGCUGAACUCUUCUUAACCCCUGUGUAAUGACCUGGUCAAAUCACCAUUCAUGACAGCAACAACCUCAGCCAGAUCAAGUUAUUUCAGCGGAGUUGCAGAAGCGAAAAAAAAAUCUGCGUACAUGUGUGAACUUUGGAAACUCACACGUCUGGCCAUCCAUAUUUAUAACGCUCUAACUCCGCUCUGCCAAAGUGUAAACUGCUCCACAAAAUGAGACGAGGGGUGAUUUCCAUCUACUCCUGCCAGUAAUGACACAGGAGGGGAUGGUGAAAGUACGGUCCCUUGAAAUAACUGUGCCAACUGUGUGGUUAGUGACCAUGAGUCCAAAUAGUCUCUACGUUACUGUCUGUAGCUUCAAGCAACAUUUAUUUCAAUGGACGCUGUGGCACUCUCUGGUGUGACCUGGCACUUUAGUGUUAUGACAAACAAGACACUGCAUCAGUGUUGUAGUUGUAAAGAGUAAUGUUUGUUACUUUUUAACUUCUUAGAGAUUUAAAAAUGUUAUUUACGAAAAACUGGUCAAAAUGGAGUAAGUUAGUUUUGGAGAAACCUGUUCUGUUUACAUAUUUACUGGAGAAAAGCUGCCCACUCCUGUUAAAUCCUGUCAGUUGUGUUCUGAGAAGAUGUUUUUUUUAUUUUUGUAUUGUAUGAUUUCAGCAGGUCUAUUUUCUAUUUGCCUUUUGAUACCUUUUUGAAUGUAGUUUUACGAUGAAAAGAGAGUUUUAGAAAGGAAAUGCUGGACAUUCUGUAUGCUGAAUGUAAUAAAAUGUUUCCAGUUUUAUAUAAAGAGAUUAAACAGCAAA